AUGGUCAGCAUGCUGACCACACUGGUCUUGCGCCAGGAAGUGCAGAUGAACAUAUACAAGCAGGACACAGCGUUCGUCUUGUUUGUGGGAAGCCAAGGUCCUGGGAACUUGGCUCAAUCCCUAUACGGCAUAGGCGAGACAUGGCGCCAGACGAAGGAGCACAAGCCGGAGCAGGUCAAGGCCCCGAUGAGAGUGAUCAUGUUCCAGCAUGUGCUGGAGACGGUGGCGACGAAAUUCCAGGAGAUGAUGGCCACCCCGUCGUCGAGGUCAACGGCUCAGCACAUGGGCUUUCUUCUGCAGGAUGGAGUGUCCAUCCCGGCUUUGAAAUGGGACCCGACGACGAAGCAGCUGAUUCGCGACGACAAGGUGGAGCCGCUCAACGUGACGGAGAUCAAGGAAGCCCUCCAGAACCUACUGGUGCUCAGCUCCAAGGACAGGGUCAUCAACCGCUUCCAUGGCAUGCGCAAGUUGAGCGAAGAAUACAAGGCCCCGAGCCUGGGGAUGUUCCUGGAGAUAGGGGUUCGGACGGCCGAAGCCUCGGAGGCCUGGCAACUCCUACAUCGCUUUCAGCAGUCGGCAGCGUGGCAGGCUGCAAGCCUCUUCAUGAGGCACGAGAGGAUGACAAUGAGUGCCCUCGCCAAACGAUUGGCCGCUUUGACCAGGGGACAGUGA